UUCACACUCACACCCACAUACAGUCACACUCACACAUCCACGUAUGCACAUUCGUGUGGCGUGGAGCACGUAGCUGAGAUUUUUCCUGCAUUCAGCAUUCAGGCAAAAGGAAAAACUUCAUCAUCGCAGCGCGCUCUGCUGGGAUGCUUGCUGUCAGUGUGGCUGUCAAGUUGCUCUGUGCAAUUGUCAUGCCCUGCCUGGCCAGGUUUCUUCUUUUUUCUUUUUUUGGGCAUCCUUUUGCUCUGCUAACUGUCAGCGGUUGUAACUCUGCUUCAUUACGUUUGCCGUUUACCGUUUACGGGUUUACGGUUUGCCGUACGCAUUUGCCAGCUAGCUACCGUUCUAGUCAGCAGCAGCAGCAGCAGCACCUUCUUCUUCUUCUUCUUCUCCAGCUGCUGCUCAUUUUGUCAUCCAGGCAUCCUGCUCGCAUUUCGUGUGCGCCGCUUUUCUUCAGCUGCAACUGCGUGUAAUCCACGGCCAUUCGAGUCCAGAGAGUGCCAAAAAAAAAAGAAGGAGAACUUCUGGUGCGGCACACAAACUGAGAGAUGAUACGGCAAACUGAAUUAGCGCUCUACGAAUGUGUCCUUCCUCUCCAAGGAACUAGUUAUAGGAUAGACGGCUAACUGCCUGGGCUGCCUUCCUGGCAUGAGAUUGUCUGCAGCUUUAAUUCAUUGCAAGGAAUUUUAAUUCAUUUUGUAAAACUUACGCUGAGCAGAUUACCAAAGUUAAAGUAAAUGCAGCACGCGAACGGCGAACGGCGCAGAGCAAAGUGUUUCUAAUGCUCAAUUAACUAAGUGCAGCUGCUCCUCCAGCUUUCAGCUCGAGUAAUUUCCUCCUUCAGCCAUGAGUAUGAAUUACUCUUCAUUUUUUUUCUUUGCUACUACCUUCUGCAUUGACUGCGGUCGCAUCUUCUUCGUCCUGCUGACUUUUUAUCAUCAGCAUUUCUUCUUUCCAUUUGACAUUUAUCAACGUUUUUCUUAGC